AAAAUAUAUGCUAAAUCCAACAUGGCGGACAUAUGGCAUAGGUAGAACCCCACAAUAAGUCUAAUUUAUUUCUUCUCUUUGAGGUGACGCAUGAAAUAUGCAGUGUGCUUUGUUCCUGCAAACCAUGAUUAAUGAUUCUGGGAAGGAUAACGACUUCCUUCCAGUUCAGAUGAAAAGGAGGAAGCCAUGGAGAAAAGUGUUAUAUGAAGACCAAGGUGUUCCGGAUAAUUAUGUAGACAAGUCGUUUCUUGAUGAAAUGAGGAAAAAUCGAAUGGAUGACAUUAGAAUUUGUGUUGUGGUGCUUUGCUCUGUGUAUGUACUUUCCCCAGUUUUGAAAACCUUAACUGAUACUAUUAGCACAGACACCAUUUAUGCCAUGACGACCUUCAUGCUUGGGAUGAACCUUCUUCUGUAUGACUAUGGAACACAUGCUGCAAUAGUCUCAAGGUCUGCCUCCCUAAAUGCCUCCAUCUUUGCUUCAGUGUGUCUAGCAUCACGUCUCCCCUCCUCCUGGCAUGUCUUUGGGACUGUCACUUUUGCUAUGCAAUUGUUUGCUUUGUUUCCAUCACUGAGAAGACAGCUUAAGAUGCAGCUACCAUCAAGUCAUGUUGUUUUGACCUGGACUCUGGUUCUAAUUGCUGUAGCAAUGCUAUGGCCACUUUCCCAACUGUUUGCAUUGUUGCUGGCUCUUGUUCACCUGGCUGUAACAUUUUUAUGUCCGUUCUGGUUAAUUAAAUUGCAGAGAUUCAAAAAUAAUAUACAUGGUCCAUGGGAUGAAGCUGUUAUUGAAGAAGAGCUUGAGGCAAAGCAGAAAUAACUACAGUAAAAGUUUUAUAGGCUUUCUUAUUCUCCUAACAUGUGUAUGUGGCAAUUACACAUUCCGUUCCAACUGUCAGUUCAGGAAGUUGCCUAGAAACACCCCUUCUGUAAUUUAGCAUAAGCCUACCUUCCAUAUGUUUGGAUGUGAGAAACUUUUGUUUGCAUGGAAGCAGUUUCUCCUUGCACAAUGGCACUUAGUGAGAAAGCGAAAAGAUGAUAUUUGUUGUUGCAUGGUAUUUCUCAUGGCAAAAUUACUAAAAUGACAGGACUUUAUGUGCUCAACCUAUUUUUAUUGACUUGAAUCCAAGCUAUUAAAUGAAGGUUGUUUAAAAUAAAAUUACAGAAAUAUUACUUACAA